AUGGCUUCUCAACGUGACACGUCCACUAUUUGUUUGUUCGAUGUCGAUGGAACUCUUACCGCUGCAAGACAGGUUAUUACACCUGAGAUGGAAGAGUUUCUUGAGAAAUUGAAAACAAAAGUUGUAGUUGGUUUAGUUGGAGGAUCUGAUUUAGUUAAAAUAGUUGAACAGAUGGGAGGACACAAUGAGGUUAUUAAGAAGUUUGACUAUUUAUUUGCUGAAAAUGGGUUAGUUGGCUACAGAAAUGGUGAACUCAUUGUACAGCAGGAUUUAUUAAAACACAGUGGAGAAGAAAUUUUACAACGAAUUAUCAAUUUUGCUUUAGGCUACAUGUCUAAACUACAGUUACCAGCCAAAAGAGGAACAUUUAUUGAAUUUCGAAGUAGUAUGAUCAAUAUAUGUCCUGUUGGUAGAUCCUGUUCUCAAGCUGAACGAAACCAAUUUGUAGAAUAUGAUCAGAAACACAAGUUAAGAGAGAAGUUUGUCAGUGAGUUAUAUAAAGAAUUUCCUGAUGCAGGUUUUAAGUUUGCUAUCGGUGGUCAAAUUAGUAUUGAUGUAUUUCCCAUGGGCUGGGAUAAAACAUUUUGUCUACAAUACCUGAUAAAAGACGGUUUUAAAACAGUCCAUUUCUUUGGUGAUAAAACAGCUCAGGGUGGUAACGACCAUGAAAUAUAUGAAGACAGUAGAACAGUUGGUCACACAGUUAAAAAUCCUAGUGAUACCAAAGAACAAAUAACUGAUAUGUAUUUUAAAUCUUAA